UCGGUUUAGGGACUGCAGCUUCGCUUGAGUAAAGAAUGCCUGACUCGUGAACUGAGCGAAUGAGUGAACUAACAAGAUAGUCUUAUGACCCAGCGAAACAAUGACUCGUUUGUUUUUCAGAAUUUAGCCUUGGCUGCGAUAUAGUUUGUAUUUCUAAUUCGAAAUAUGAUCAACGUUUUCGUAUUUAGAUGUGGUGGGAAUUUUAAUUAAACUCGACUUGGAAAAUAGAUUAGUUUGUUUCGCUGAACGAUAUUCCGUUCCGAGUCAGUAAAAUGAAAUGAACUUCCCAUCUUUAGACUAUUGUUUCUCAGGGAGGCUCGCGGACAAACAAAGCGUCCUUCAAACAGAAGAACAGAAGGCUUUUAUUCACGAGGGAGAAAGAGGCGAAAAUGAAGCUUCUCUUUAAUUUGCUCUCAGUCAUCUUGUUUUUACUCGACAACGGUGUGUCUGGUGUCGUAUCAGAUGUAUUGGUUUUAGUGAGGGAGGGAGAUUCCGUCACUCUACACACUGGUGUUCAAACAGACCAACAAGAAGAAAUUAAAUGGUAUUUUAAAGACACUCGCAUCGCUCAAAUCAGUGGACAUCUCAGUAAGACCUGUACAGAUGUUCAGUGUAAUGAAGGAACUGAGAGAUUCAGAGACAGACUGAAGCUGGAUCAUCAGACUGGAUCUCUGACCAUCACAAACAUCACAAACACAGACUCUGGACUUUAUGAACUGAAGAUCAUCAGCAGCAGCAGUAGCAGCGACAAGAUCUUCAGUGUUACUGUCAAUGGUGUUUCUGCUGCUGAACAAGAUGAAGUGAAGGAGGGAGAAUCUGUCACUUUAGAUCAUGGUGAAACUAAAAGCCCAAAUGAUGUGAUGAAAUGGUAUUUUAAUGACAUUCUCAUCGCUGAAAUCACUGGAGAUCAGAGUAAGAUCUGUACAGAUGAUCAGUGUGAUGAGAGAUUCAGAGACAGACUGAAGCUGGAUCAUCAGACUGGAUCUCUGACCAUCACAAACACCAGAAUCACAGACUCUGGACUUUAUAAACUACAGAUCAGCAUCAUCAGCAGCAGUUUCAGCAUCAGCAGAGUGAACAGAUUCAAUGUCACUGUCACCGGUUCAGGUCUAUCUUCAGCUGCUGUAGCAAGAAUAGUUGUAGCUGUUGUUCUGCUGGUGGCUGCAGCUGUAACUGUAGGUUUGAUUUACUGCCGUCAUCGCAGGAAAUACAAACCUGCAGCACAGAAUGACAAUGAAGUCAAUAUCUUGUCACCUGAUCAGAAAGACUUUCCUUUAAAUCAAAUCAGUCAGACUGAGGCUCCCAAUGCCUAAAUGCAGCGAAUAUUGUCUUGCACAUCUGUUACCUGAUAUGAAGGUAAUACGUCAGUCAUGGUCCCACAGCAGCUGAACGCCCUCUGGUUCCACCUGCUACAGUAGCCACGCCCCCAAACUCGUGCAAUUGGUUGGGCUGAAAGAGAUUAAAAGAGUGGAUGCAAUUGUGUAUGUUUUUUUUUUAUUUGCAAGUUAAAGUGACAUAGCAUGUACCCAAUUAUGGUGUCCCAUACUUGGAAUGUGUGCUCUGCGUUAAACCCAUCCUAGUGUUCGCACACACACAGUAGUUUUGUUGAUUUCGUAAAUGAAAAUUAUGACUAAAUAUAGUCAUCAACAAACCGUUAUCACGUGACGAAAAUGAGACGAGACGCAAUGUAAAUGCUGGUCAUUUGACGAUGGCUAUAAUUAAUUGUAUAAUGCAAUAAUAUUGUAGACGAAUAAAAACAAGACUAAAUGUGCUUUACAAAAUAGAAAUCUUGUUUAGUCGGUUUAUUAUUCUUUUGCAGUAUUUCUGUUCCCUGUGUCUCACUUCAAGGUCUGCAUCUGGUCGCACUGCGCAAACACAACUGACAUCACUUCCUCAAGCCCCACUCGCGGCAUUAUUUAGAAGACGACAACAGACAAAGUUAAGCGGGAAUUAUACUUUCACCUGGCUCCGCUGACUGUGAGCACACUUUCCCAAAUGGACGAGGCUUUUAUACUAGUCGUGUUCCCCGUUGUACUAUUCUUUGAAACGACAGGGGAGUGAUAAGGAGUAAUUGUUUUCUAAAACCGUAGAGAAUCACCGCUGAGAAACCAUUUGUCAGUACAAGUCUUGUGAUUAAUAAGUUGAUGAAUUAAUAAUUUAAAUGUGAAAAAUUAAACAAUCUUAAACUAUCGGCUGUAUUUCGCAUCAAACACAAGACAACUGUAAGCAAACAGUGUAUAAUUAAUAUCUAAAUACAUUUUUAUUCUAUUUCAUACAAUAAAAAUAAAACGUAAAAACCUGAUUCCAAAAAAGUUGGUACAUUGUACAAAUUGUGAGUA